ACCCAUUGGUUCGCAGGCUGGCAUUCAGUCCACUGAACCACACUAGCCAGGGUGCAAGUCUUGAAGGUGAUGAUCUAAGUAGCCCAUUUACAAUCAUCCUAACUCUGGACGUCAUGAGUUCCAUGAUGCUUGUGGGACCAAAGCACUCAGAUAUGAGUUGAAUGUGUACUAACCACUGAAGUUACAAUUUGCCAGUAUUGGAAACAGUGAAAGGAAGAGGGUGUUGCGGGGUGGGGUGGCAGUGGAUUCCAUGCUCGUUCAGAAAUCUGGUGAGGACAUUAAUGACCCACAGGUAAUCCUGCUAGGCAGUGACUUGGGGAAAGGUACAAAUGCAGAACUGGAACAAGUGGAUGCAGACAUGGGAAUAACUACACUUGGUUCACCCUCAGAGGGGCUGAGUGCCUGGAAAAUGGCUGCUAUGCUUGUUCAUUCAUUUGUUCACUGGUGUUCGGCAGAUGUUCUGGGAGGGGCUUCUGUACAUGAAGCCUGUGCUAGUCUGUGGGCCCCUUAGGAACCACAGUCACAGGUGAGAUGUUGGGGACAUCAGUGAGGACAGGUCUUGGUGUUGGGGCCAUAAUAGGCAGGAACCGGUGUGGGAGCACCACAUUCAGACCAGGGAGGCUUUCUUGGAAGGUGACACCACUACCUAUUUUGGUGCAUGGCUAGGAAACCAACAGCUGUUUCCACUAUUACAGGGAGUUUUUAGAGAGGAAAAGAAAACACGCACUUGUGUUUCAGGGCAGAACAUGAGACUCGGUUUUGUUUGACAAAAGCAGAUGGAUGCACUUAUGCAUUGUGGACACUGCUAAAGAGGCAUCAAAGUGGGGUGAGCCCAGGCAGGAGAGCCUGAGGAAAGUUGGGGAGAGAGAUGGAGGAGGCAGGCCUGGUACCAAAAAUAAACAAGAGGAAUGACUGGGACAGGGAGCGAGCACUGCCUCCUUGUUAACUGUCUACUUCUUGAAGGCAGGACCUGGUCUCUCUUGUACCAGCCCCCACCAACCUAAUCUCCCUUCACAAAGUCCCUCAUCCCAUCAAUGUCCCCAUUGGCUGACAUGAUUCCAUGAAGAAAAUCCACGUGGCAACCUGGACUGACCUCACACUGUAGGCUCCAAGGCAGAACCCACACUCUGUGGGGAGCAAAGCACCUUAGUUCCUUGGAUGAAUAUAUAGAGCAGAUGCUGGACUCUAGCUAAAUAGUUCCUUUCAUCCAUAGGAUUAAAGACUAACAAUAGUGGAAUGAUGGAAAAGGUGCAAAGUUCUUUCACCUUUUUAUUUUUGUUUUUAAUGGAAUGGCCACUUCUUGUAUGCCUGCCUUAUGCAGGUGAGUUCAGACCCCAGUUUAAUAGGGAAUGCCAACCACUGUGUUUACUUGUUUCAGAAGUAUUGAAUAAGAAGGGAUGUGAUAGGAAGGAUGAUACACCUGAGCCUACAAAGAACAACAUUAGAGCACAUUCCAUGGCCCCAAACACCAACACCUGGGAUGCAGUGAUGAUUCCACGUAGACCUGCUCUUGUUCAAGUAAUUACAAUUGCAUGUAUAGCCUUAAGCAUUGCCCUGGUGUGUGGGGCUGCUGUUUCCUAUAUAAUAUAUCGACUGGUACAGACUGAGAAGAGGCAACAACUUGCAUUGCUUUAUAAAAAUAUCAAGAUACCAUUAUUAGGAGAUGAAGAGAAGGACAGUGGCCAAGAAGAGUCCAGUUACGUACUUGCAGAGAAUGAAAAGAACCUGGCAAAGUUCAUUAAUUCAGUUAUUAAAUCGAAAAGCAGACAACACUUUGAAAGGACAAGAUUGAAGAGUGAACAACAGUAAGUAAAUGUAAUGAAAUACUGAAUGCUGUGCAUCUUGAAAAAGUGGGAAAUCUGUGAAAACAAAUGAAAGAACUGCGGUACGUGCUUCCCAGUGUGGAGAAAACAAUGGCAGGGAUGUCAGACAGAGGACAUACAAACUCUAAGGAAAGAAUACUAGAAGUAUGUAAGACAAAAUAAAUUCAUAUGAUAUAGCAAUUCUUGUAUCUUAGCUCUCAUAUUUCAUGAAUAAUUGUAAUGUAAUUGGGUAGAGAAAAAUCCAACUUCGUAAAUGUGAAAAAGAAUUGUCAAUGUUUCUUUCCUUGAUCCUAACCAGAAAUACAAGUAAUUUAUUUGGGAAAUAUCCCAGACUAUACCGGGGAGCCACUUAAAUUAAACAGAAUUUUCCCACUGUCUGCCAUUCUCAUAGCUUCUCUCCAUUUACGUGAGAAGACUAAGAAUGCCAACUCAGUACCAGAGUAAAGGGGCCCACCUCACCAUUCCAUUGCUGAUAAUUCUCAGAGCAAUUAUAUCCCAGGUUUCCAAAUCAGGUGAAGGCCCAGAAAGUGGAGAAGUCAGGCUCCAGCACACCUCUGUGCCUUUAAAAUCCAUCAAAGUCUAUGGCAAAUUCAUCUAGUCAUUGGGAGGCAGCAUUGCACAUACUCCAGGGUUGGUAUGGUGGAAAUACACUACACACUCUAUAUGGAUGCCAGCAUGAAGAGACUGGAUAGCCUUUUAAUCAAGUAUCAAGUAAAAAAGGAGAGGAAGAAUAUGAAUCUUGUCAUCCAAUGAUUGUUGGUAUGAAUUCAAUGCCAACAGGAAUUUCCAAUUUGGGGUGCAGUGAAGCAGGAACUUUAUUCAAUAUAAAACAGUCCAAAUGUGAUGCAGCAGCGGUCAAAACAGCGCAGCUGUUGAACAGCUCUGGGGCCAACCAGCUGCUCUGUAGCUCAGUCCGGCAGCAUGUACUGAGGAGCCAGAGGGGAGCUGGCUUAUGUGGACAGGAAUCCCUGCCCUUGUCCCCGAUUGGUCUGUCCUCCAAUGGAGGAUUCCAAAUCCUCGAAGUUUGGCCCCAAAGUCACUGUCCUAUUUAAUCAGACUAGAGCUGCUCUGCAUGGCCAGAGCUGCACAGCUCUGUUGGGGAAAGCUUCAGUACUAUUGGUUGAAAUAGGUUUCUAGAACUCCACUAUAAGGGCUGGCUUAGAUAGCAGGAACACAGUGCAGGCAGGCAGUUCAGUGCAGGCUUCUCUUUGCAGUCUGUGUGAGAGAACCCUGUGAAGAAAUAGCUGCUGAGCUCUUUAAAAAAAAAA